AUGAAGAAAAUCAAUCGUUGGGCUACUUUAAUAUCCUGGAUAUUCGCAUGGAAUGUAGUUUUUUGUCAAAUCGAGUUUCCUGAGUUGCCUUCACAAAGACUGGACAGUGAAAAUACAGAAGAAAGAGUUCCACUAUUCGCUCCAAACAGAUGCCCGGAAAAUCAGUUAUUGUAUCCAGGGGACCAACAGCAUGAUUGGAUAUGUGAUUGCGGUCCAGGGUUUAUCUACUACCCACCAAAAGAUUUUUGUUAUGCUGCCUAUCGUCAAGGCCCUUGUGAAAAGAAUCAUCAUUUGAUAAUUGAAAGAGCAGAAGUUAUUCCUAAGUGUGUCAAAAAUCCGUGUGAAGAUGGAUAUGCAAGAUACAAAGGCAAAUGUUAUGAAAUGGGCAAACCAAAUGGUCCAUGUCGUCCCAUUCAAGAAGGCGGUGGAAUCUUCGACGUGAAUGCCACCACUCUGCUUGUAGAGUGUUUGAAAGGAACGGAUCGUUUAUCUCUCUUCAAUCUACCAAAUCGGUGCAGGCCUGGAAGCAAGAGAGAUAAUAAUGGAAUCUGCCGAGUAAUCUAUAAUGACUAAAUAUAUACCUCAAUGAUGGGUGAAUUAUUUUUCGAUAAAUAUUUGUAAACAAUGUAGUUGUUAUGAUCCAGUAGUAGGUAUUUAUGCUUUAGGUAUAACACUUAAUGUUUUUUUCAGAAGAUAAGACAAAAUAUUGAAAGCUGCUGGAACUAUGAACGAUUCAUGACUGUUAAUUUUCAACUAUAAUAAACAAUUGAAACUA